UGAAUAUUCGAGCACAACCCUCGGACACAAUUUUUCAGUAAAACGGAUGAAGGGUUGGUUGCACACUGGAAGCAUCGGUUCCAAGUGUUGAUGUAGUGAUUAGAGAAUAUUCCGCCCGCACUCCCAACCGAAGGUGAUUAUUUGAAAUUUCAACAAUGACCGUGCGUCUACGGUAGCCAGGUCAGUACGGAAUUAGAAUCUAACGCGCGAGCAUCGAAUCAAAUUUGAACCGGCUCGGGAAGCCACUUUGGAGAUGGGAGCUAGCAGUCCAGCAGUAGUGCAGGUGUUGACAGUUCUAGUUUUGUUGGUUGGCAGCCAGGUCAAGGCAGAAAACGUACUGGCCGCCGACGAGGAAGUGGUUAACGCUACCCGAGUGCUAGUUGAGAACAUCGAUGCGGCAGAAUGUGCCCUGGAAUCUUUGAAAAGUGAAAUGCCUUCCACUGACUAUUUGAAGCUGGGUGCGCAAGGUUUAAUCGAGUUUGUGUCGAAUUUCACCGCCAAAUUCAGUCCGGUUUUCAAAGAUUUCGAAGAGAAAGACCUUGAAAUGAUUCAGAAGAGCUUGAUCGAAGCGAUUCGCUAUCUAAAUGGGUACGAGGUUGUAAAUAGUAUCGCACUGCUGCAGAACAUCGACUAUAAUCUCUUCAAUCACAACCAGUUCCGGUCAAUCAAUAGCGAUCUGAGAGUAGCGUCGAUAGGCCUGUCGGAAGCCCUGUUCGAUCAACGUGACGUGAUUCCGGCUUUAGAUGAUUUGCAAGCUAGCACCGAUAAGCUGGUUGAAAACGUAGCACGAAUUUCCGAAGCCAUACAGAAGGGGGAAGCAUGGACGAUGGAAACAACCGCUCGGGCGAUGGCUGCCCAGAGAGCUUUCAACGAAUCGAUCGACACCUAUCUUAACACUUCCGCCACUCAGCUUGAGGAUAUCACCGAAUCACUCGGCAGUCUUCGUACGUACGAGGAGGAACUCUAUCAGAAGAUGAAGGAAAAGAUCCCGCAGCUACCGAAAUCCACUGCCAAUUACUUUAUAGCCUUGAAGAAGUCCAUUGAAAACUUGAUCCGCAAAUCGGCCAUCAACUUCGAGAACAUGCGUCUCUACAAGCACCGGGAGAUCGAACAGUGGAAAGUACGCUCCUCUAUGUCCGCCCCGAUCAGCUACAUGACGCAGAUAGCAGUUCAGGUUUCCGUCGAUCCGAUGCUGGCGAACGAUUGUACCGAGGGCUACAUCGAUACGCUGCUUGCGUUUCCCAACUUCACGAUGAGUCACGCCAUCAAUUGCCUAGCGGAGCAGACUGCUAACGAGCAAAAAACAUUCGACAUCGUCUCGAACGUCAUCGAUAGCUAUGCGAUCAACGCAAUUAACGCUUCGUACGCGGCGUUCGACAUCUGCUUUCGUUACUCACCGAAGAAGCUGAAUUACUGUUUGGAUUUGAACGGCUACGAAAAUACGUGGGCAAAUGCUCGGAUCCUGACGGCUUCCCUGGAGAUCGAGUCGUUCAUCAACAGCGAGAUUCAGAAUAACUUCAACUCGUGUAUCGCUCAAAUAGGGUACUUCUUGAACUAUCACAAUCUGCAGGAGAUGUGCUUUUACAACAAGAAGCGCAAUCGACCGCGCGGUCGAUGGUAGGAAUAGUUCGGAACUUGUUAAUUUUUGUUGUUGUUGUUGUUAUUUUGUUCCGGUUGCUAAAUAAACUAUAUUAUCUGAAA